AUGUCCAGUCCCCUGGAGCAGGCGCUGGCUGUGAUGGUCGCCACCUUCCACAAGUACUCUGGCCAAGAGGGAGACAAAUUCAAGCUGAGUAAGGGGGAGAUGAAGGAGCUUCUGCACAAGGAGCUGCCCAGCUUUGUGGGGGACAAGGUGGAUGAGGAGGGCCUGAAGAAGCUGAUGGGUGAUCUGGAUGAGAACAGUGACCAGCAGGUGGACUUCCAGGAGUAUGCCGUCUUCCUGGCCCUCAUCACUAUCAUGUGCAAUGAUUUCUUCCAGGGCUCCCCAGCGCGGUCCUGA